GCCAAACGCUCAAAACAUGUACAAGAUAAUCAGAAAACAAAUGGAGUACCUGAAGAGGAAGUUACUUUGUUUAGUAAGAUGGUCCAAGAAGCAGGGCUUCAUCUCAAUGAAGGCCAGGCACAUGAUGAAUUAGGUAAGAAUAAUCCUGCUAAUACAGCCCUCUCUCCUCACUCUGUACGACAAGGGACGUUUCACCGGAGAAAUGUCUGUGCCUAAACAGCAGAAUUUCUAUACCGAUGACAUAAGAUCUCUCCGGAAUCUGGUCAGGGGCACUGAUUUGUGGACGUAGAAACUAUAUUGUUUUAGCUAUUGCUUACAAAAUGAAAGUAGCAACCAGUGACCCCUGGCACCUUACUUUUACCCUCUGGCGACCAGGAAAAAUCAUAAUUAUUUCAAGCACCCAGAUUUCACAGAUUCAGCACACUUCCCUUCUAUUUUUCUUAGAGCCUAGCUUCAACAAUUUAUUUGUAGUGAAAUAGAAGUUGAUAACAAGUUGGGUUGGCUUUUAGACACAGUGUUUAUACCAUGUUUAGGCAGAACAGUUUGUGAAUGGUUUUCAACCUACUAUUAUUAUUUUUUCUUUAGUUUUAUAACAAUAGGCAGGAGACAGCAAUUCAGUCAUCUGAUUCUGGUUUUAUAUUUUAUUUUCAGAGGUUGAUCGUUCACUAUUCCAGAAGAAACUUAAGAGUUUGCUGAAAAGUCAUCACAGUUAUCCUGAGGUAAUUAAAAUGUCAGCUAUAUACCAAAACAUUUUAAUCAGUUGUUACAUGUGGUUAUUUUCUUGGUAUGCAGGUUAUAGAUGACUUCCUUGAAGGACUACAGCAAAGGAUAGAGAAUUCUGAGAGGUAGAGAAACAAUAAUAGAAAAAAUUGAGAGGAACCCAGGUCAUAUUCUGGGAAUUAUAUUUGAUAGAAAUUUUUCCUGUUGUUUUCAAGCUAAAAAUUGUUGGGACACUUUACUGUCUUCUGGCCCUUCCAAUGUUAGUGGACAAGAUUUGGUGAGUGAACUGCAAUAAGCAACAUUGGGAGGGAGAGAAGAUAGGAAAGAUGGAAAAAAACUGUGUUCAGUGGAAGUAUCCCAACUAUUUUUGUCUGAGAUUGUAGAUUUUUCUUUCUGUCGGUCUUGCCCAUUACAUGUACAUGUAUUAUUGACAGAACAAUGUCAUACAUUUUUUCUUCUUUAACCUCCAACAGAUUCCGUUUAAGUUUACUUCCAGUUUCCAUGUCAGAAGACCAUGAGGGGUGGGUAUAUUUAUUUCUUGUAAUGGUUCUUGUGUUCAUGUUUCAGAAGACCAUUAGGUACUUAUAAAUGUAAGGGUUUGAACUUGAAUAUUUAUUUACUAUACAUAUGGAAAACAAAAUCAUCUCUACAAGCCUGUUUUGUGUUCAUCCAUUUUUGAGAAUAACUUUACCAACUUAUAUACUAGACUGAUUUACAUAAUUUAUUCAGUCAGGCAAAUAACUUUGUUUUUGGCGGCAGGAAAAAACGUUUGUAGUUCAAAUGUAAAUGUAUGUUAUUCUCUUCCAAGAUAUGGAGGAAUUCAGGAAAGUUUAAUCAGAAUACUUUUGGGCAUUGAUAUUCUCCAGGUAAGCUUUUUUGCUGCAUGUUUUCUUUUUUUCAGUCACUCCAAUGUCAUGAUAAAAACUAAAAUACAAUAAAUUAUUUUUGGUAAUUUUACUUUAAAUUUAAAGGAAAAGAUAAUUUACAGUAUCCAAUAAUAUUAUGGAGAUUAACAUUGUGUAACUUCUAGACCCUUUGUUUCCAAGGCUGUGUUCUAGAUAAAAUUAUGGGCUUUACUUUUGUGCAAAAACUAAAAUUUGCCAGUUGACAGUUGCCUAAAGGCAAAAUCAGUUAAUAUAUUUAUACAUUUUAUUAGGGCAUGUUUGCAGGUGUAUCGAUUAGCGCAGCUUUUCUCUGCUGCCUUAAUAAUAUUCAUCUUUAAUUAUUAAUGAGCAUUUCUCCUGUUGUCACCUUAUGAUAGCCUAAGAUUGCAAACAUGCUGCUGGAAAAACUCCCUGAGUUUAUGGGUGAUGACGAAAGGUGUGUGAAAAAUUUAAGAAUUCUUUGGUAUUGUUUUUAGAAUGCACCGCCCAUUGUGUUUCAUACCAUAAAAUAAGUCCUCCCAUUCAAAUAAGCACCUUUGCCCAAAUAUUGAAGUGCCCUGUACUUCCAUGACCAAACUUACUACAAAGCAACCAUCUUCUUAAAUAAGGGCCUGUCUUGCUCCUCCCCUCUCCUUGCCCUCCUUAAGUGAUUGAUGAUAAAUGUAUCAAAGGAAAUCUUUAUUUCUUCAAAUUAUGAUUUUUACAACAACUGUACAGCUACAUGUAGCAUUACAAUGAUGGUGAUAUUAUUUUGAUUGAUGUUUUCAUUAGUGGUGCGGAUGACUUCAAUGUUCCUCGCUUGGUACUUAAUCAGUUCCGAUGGCUUGAUUGUAUUAUACAGAGUAAGGUAAUAAUGAUUGUCGUCUUUGAAAUCUUUAGAAGGAGACAUGUACAUGUAUGUAAUAAAUUACUGGAAAACAGAUAAAAGUUAAAACCAUACACAUACCUUUUUAUGAUCAUUAAUAAUUUAUUUAUCCAAUUGACAUUUAGCAACUGAAAAAACCUUGGAAAACAAUCAGAUAAUCUACACUGUACAAAAAACUUUUAUUGUUAUUGUUAUUGUUGUUGUUAUUGUUGUUAUUAUUAUUAUUAUUAUUAUUAUUAUUAUUAUUAUUAUUAUUAUUAGUAUUAUUAUUUUGUGUUUAGGAGUUGACAGAAAAGAUGUUGGAAAUGGUCAGCAUAACAUCACUGGAAGUACAGCAUGAAAUCAUCACAUGUAUUCCAGAAGUGCUAGAUGAUUCAGAACACACCGGAGUUGCUAGAGAACUGAGGUACAAGGAACAUUAUUCACUCUCUCAUUCACAAUAGUGCCAAACUAGGUUAAAAUCAUUUAAACAAUCACAAGAGAUGGACUACCACAAAAAUGGAGUUUCAUAAAACAGUCACACCAUAGGAUUUUGUCUACAGUGCCUUGAAUUUGAUUAGCGGGCUCAAUAACUUCGGAAGUACAUGUAUGCAGCAACAUCCAUUAAGGUAGACAUAUCAUAUUAUUAAAAAUUUAAUGAAAAUCAGGGUAAAGCAGGUUUUUUGUUUUGCUGUCAAGUUUGAAUAGCUACAGACAGGUUUCAGAAGACAUUGUUAUAGGUCAUUCCUUAUAUUAUUAAAAAUACUUACAGAUUUUUGUUUUUUUUCAGUGAUCUUCUUUCCCAAAACUCUGGGCUUACUGUUGCUAUUCUUGACGCUCUCUCUAAUCUUUGCUUGCGACCAGAUCUUUUGGCAGAGGUAAGACUAAUUUACAUCGUAUUUUAGACACUGUAAGAUUAGGCAUCAAAAGAAUGUAGAUGUUGUAGACAAUGGAACUUGAGAAUUGAUUUUUAUGUUGUUAAUUGAAACUCUUAUUUUUACUUUUUCAUUUUAAUAGGUCCGAGUAUCGGUCAUAAAAAUGCUGCCUUCUACUGAAAUGGAUGACUUACCUGUGGUUGUAAAAUUUAUUCUUCAAUCUAUUGGUGACAGUGAUGCAUUUGAGGUAAGAGUAAACAUUGUCCUUAACCUUGCUUCAUGGUUACUGCAAUAAGAGUACCGAAACGACAAGUAAAAUCUCAAAAUGUAUUUCAUUAAAUUACUGCUAAAACCAAUUAGUACAUGUAGCAUGGUGAAGCAGUUUCAUUUGAAUGAUCACUGUGAUUUGAUUGGCCAUAAUUGCAGUUUGUCCUGGCUAAAAAAAUUUUGGCCGGUCAUCAAGACCGGCGACCUGCCGUUCAUUAUUUUCAGCCCUGAUCACACCGCAGGAUUUCAUUCAAACUGAUUCAAAUGCUAGAGUUAGUAUAUGUUACUAAAUAAAUGAUCACUGUUUGGCUAUAAUGAUCCAAAAUUGCCAAAAAGCCAUUUCCAAGUGACUGGACCACUUACGUAGACUUCUGUUCUUAAUGCAAAAUACAGGUACUAGCUUCAGAGGUUUAGACAUGUGCAGAAAGGAAAUGUCUGUCAAUUUUUGCCGUUGAUUUUCAGGUUGUAAGUGAACUGAGAGUAAAUCUGGACUUUGCUUCAUCCACUCUUCCUCCUGCAGCUUGCUCAACUCCAGCAGAACAAAGGCGCUCUAAUGAAGGGUAUUCAUCUUAGUUUUUCCUGUUUCAUGUCCAUGUUAGACUAUCGUUAUUGUUAUUUGUUUUAUUAUUUGCUUGCUUAUAGUUUUUUGUCUUAGUUGAAGAGGUGAGUUAAAUAAGGCCCUGGGUGACUGUUGAUGCAAUGUUAAAUUCUCCUAUUAUUUCAAUUCAGAAGGUGAUUAUCUUGAUCAAUUGAUUGAAGUUGAUGAGGGUGGAAGACUUUUCCCAUGCACUCUUGAAAAUAAUAAGUAAUAAUAAGUAAAUUUUAGCAAUUAUAAGGGUGUUGAGAAAUGUUCCCAAGCAACUUGAACAACAACAACAACAUUAAAAGCUCAGGAAGGAAAAUUCUAAGAACCCCUAAAGGGAGUCUGAUGCUUGGAUACCUAACCACUAACACAUAGAGGGUUGUUUAUUGAGUUUAGCUUCCAGUCAACAUGUAGAUAAGUUAUGACAUAAAAGAAAAUAGCAUUGACUGAUCAAGAAAAGUUUUAGCAGAAAGAGAGAUAAAAAAUAUUAACUUCGGUUAUGUGCCAAGUCAAGCCUCCUGUUGGUAUAAGAAAGGCCCUAGCUUUUAGAGCUUCUGGGUGUGCUUAAAUUUUUUGAUUAAUUUUUCUCUGAAGGUCUGUCUUGAGCAAAACCAAGGAUGGAGAGUUGUUGACACUGGAUGCUAUCCGUUCUGGAAUACGUUUCCAAAGAUCUGUAGCAGAAGGAUGGAUCAAGGUAAGUAAAGAACUAGUCUGCACACCAGAUCUAUUACUAGAAAUGCGUGUAUUGCAGAACCUCAAAAAGCUCAGAUGGGAGGCCCAUAAUGUCAGGGAUGAAACAGGGAGAGAAUUGGAGUAAAUUGUGUAGCUUGGGAGGGCGAGUUUCCACACUGACGUUAUCAUGUAUGAUGUAGAUGACCAUUGUUAUGGAAAAAAGUUGGUCAGACAUUGUCCCAUGACAAGCCUGUUUCAGGCUCUAAGAUGGUACAUAAUUGUAAUGCACAGAGAUCUUGAAAACCGAUUCAAAAAACAGACUGGAACUGGGGAGAGACUCAGGCACUUGACCUUGUUUGUGCAGCAUCCCUACUUUCUGAGAGCCUGGCACAGGAUACCCAUCACUGACUAAUGGUAUUUGCAGCUAUGUAAAUAAUAGUCAAUAACAACAACUAACAUGGUUUGAAUUCCUAGAAACUGGAACCCUUAAGUUUACAUUAUAUCGAUUAUGGUUUAUGUUUUUAAAGAACUCACAAUUUGAUGGUUUUCUAUUCAGGCAAUUGAGUCUGUGAAUGCUGCAGCAAAGCACAAAGUUGUGGACCUAUUUGUAUUGCUCAUUCUUCACUCUACUGCAAAUCGAAAGAAAUCUGUCGAGAGCCUGAUCAGGAAUAAAAUAAAAAAUGGCCACUUUACAGAAGAAAUGUUGACUGCUGCUUUUAAUUCGCAUUCACAGGUUAGAGUUCUUGAAUGUUUUGUAAAAACAGUCUUUAUGGAAAGGGCUACUAUCUGUAAAGGACAGUUUUAAUACCCGGAACUCCUUUUGAUUGGACAAAAAAUUAAUUUGUCAGUUGUGUCUGUAAACUCUGUACAAACUUUGUUAGGACAAGGUUUGUGAACAAUACUUCAAUGAUAUUGAAUAACAAUAAUCUGUAUCAGGGCUCUAGUCUGGGACAAAAACAUUUUCUUGCUGGGAAGCUUUUUUUAGUUGGCAUGCACAGUAGGCAAGAGUCUAGGCAGGUCAUCUUCUAUGAAAAUCUUUAACUAAGAUGAGCAAGAAGUCGCCCUGGGCAGUUAUAAUGUGAGAGCUGCUUGCGCAAAGGACAAACUGGAAUUCAACUUUUGUUCUAGCACUGUGUACAUUGUAUUGCAAGACUAAUUCUUAGGUAUAAGAAGAGAUUUUAAGCAUCACGUAUACGGCAAAUGGCAAACGUCAGAUUCAAUUUGAGAAUUCUCAAAAUAGAAAAUGAGCAAAUAAAAGCAGCGCAAAACAAUUCUUCUGGAUAAGACACUGCAUGAAACUAAGUUAGUUAUUUGUAGAAGUAAUGAAGAGUAAAUGACAAGUAAAUGGGAAGCUUGGUCACUUGGUACAAAUUUGCGUUUGCCGUUUGAAGUAAAUGUGAUGCUUAACCUCUCUAGUGUCUCUGAUUAGGAGGUCUUUAUUUGCAUUAAAAAAAAUUCUAGUCACCCAAGAGCAAAAGCAAGAAGCCUGGGGCCACCAGGUGCUGCCAGAGCACAGUUCCUGUAAAGGAAUGCAGUUAAAUGGCUUAACUAUGAUUCUGUUUGCAGAUCCUGAGAGACUAUUUCUCAGAUUUGUUGUCAUUGGCUGAGAUUCUUCUGAGAUCUCCAGAUCCUUCCAUCUGUUUGUACGCAUGUGCGAUGUACAAGUUAUCAUUUGUAUCAUUUGAUCUCUAUUGUCAGCAGGUAAUGUUACAUGUGUAUGUAUGCAGUAGUUAAGAAAGGAUGUUACUUUGUUGUCACUUUGUAGUUUGGACUAAGAAGACGGAUGCGAAAGAUGUGGCUGGCUAAUAAAUGCACCAGCUGGCCAUAGAAUUAAUUGAACAAUCAAGUACUGUUCAAGCCAUUGCAUAGCCUAGUACACUAUGUAAAAUUUCAAAUUUGUUCUAGACACUAAAACUCCAGCUAUUCAAUGCAGAGUUGUCAAAAAGAUUUCAAGUAUCAGGAGAAUAGGCAAAAAGCAAAAGGCAUGGGAGUCCUCCGCCUCUUCCUGGGAAACACAUAUCCCUGGUGAUAUGUGUUCCCCCACCUGGGAAACACAUAUUUCUAGUGAUAUAAUUUCCCCCACCUGGGAAACACAUAUCCCUAGUGAUAUGUGUUCCUUUACCUGGGAAACACCCAUCCUUAGUGAUAUUUGUUCCCCCACCUGGGAAACCCAUAUCACUAGUGAUAUGUGUUACCCCACCUGGGAAACACAUAUCCCUAGUGAUAUGUGUUCCCCCACCUGGGAAGCACAUAUCACUAGUGAUAUGUGUUCCCCCACCUGGGAAACACAUAUCACUAGUGAUAUGUGUCCCCCACCUGGGACUGGAGACACACAUCCAUAGUGAUAUGUGUUCCUCCACCUGGGAAACACAUAUCCCUAGUGAUAUGUGUUCCCCUAUCUUUUCUUGCUAGAUUGUAAGGCUUGUUCUCAGAUCAGAUACACAUUUUUCUUGAAACUAGAAAGUAAAAUACCUGACUUCAAAUCACUUUACACAAUACAGGGAUUGCAAAUUUUAUUGAUGAGUGGAGUCACUGUGACUUCCGCUUCACAAAUUUUGGAGUCAUUUUGGAAAAUUUGGAGUCAAGUAUCACAUCGAAAAAAGCCAUUUUCAGACUUUACAGCACGUGGUCCUGGCAUGAAUAACUAUCGUGAUGGAUACACGGUGUAGCUGUGGGGGUCCACUGACCUAGAAAGCUCAAAUCCAUGAUGGCGGUCAUCGAGUAAACUUUGGUCGUAAUUUACCCUCUUCCUGUUUUGUCGUGCAGUAUCAUUCGUUAAUUUUGAUGAUUUAAUUAAGGUUUGCAACGUUUACAAUUAACGUAAAUUGCAUUUGUUGCGAAAAAGGUAGGGACAAAACUGUGUGUGUUACCGAAAAUUUCUGGAGUCGAAGUGGCUCCCUGUUUGUUACCGAAAAUUUCUGAAGUCGAAGUGACUCCCUCCGUAACCUCUGUGGAGUCAUCUGAUCAAUUUUGGCGUAAAAUACGCCAAAUUUGGCGUAUUUGCGAACCCUGCAAUACUUGAAUAUCUCUUCUUAUGAAUUCUUCUGGUUAUUUGAUUAACUGUCAAUUAGUUUCAUUUAUCUCGCAAUGCUUCGAAUUAAGAACCAAAUUAAUAUCAAUGAAUAAAUAAAUGAUAACUGUAACGUUUUGUAAUGUUUUUUACGUACUAAUUAGUUGCAUUAGUUCUUAAAUUUAGACUAAUAGCUUUUGCAAUACUAUAAUUUAUUUAUGGUCAUGCAAAUAAAGCAUUUGUUGUUGUAAGACCUGGGAAACCCACAUUACUAGUGGUGAUAGUGCCAGUCGCUGGCACAUUUGACAACCCUGCAAUGAGCUUCAAAAUUUCACUCACAAUACAUUAAGUGGUUUUAACAACAGUGUCAUCUAGAUGCUUAUGCGUAUGUUGUGAUUUAUGAACUGUGUGUGGGACUUGGGUGCUCACUAUAUGCUUGCAAACCUUGUCUUACUAUUAAUUUGGUAGUUACAGACAAUAACCAAACAUUCAUCUCACUUGUUUUGACUGCAGGAAAUAGUAGGUACACUGGUGACUCACAUAGGAAGUGGAUAUGCCGCGGAGGCUGAUGCUUCAUUAGAUGUGUUGUCAGAUCUUGUUGAAUCACACCCAGAUGUCAUGGCACCUUUUGCCAUAUUUAUCAAAGUAUGUAAAACAACAGGAGAUAUUAGUCAAGCAAAUGGUAGACUAGGUGGCUCAAUGGAGGUUUUCAGGGUCAAUACCUCUAAGUCUUCAUUUGCAAAGAUUUGGAAAAAUGACCAUCGUGGCUGUAUCAGAUAAAGAUAAAAAUUUGCUAUGAGCAGGGUUACAAUGACAUCAGAGUUGUCAUAGCGACGAAAUGAUGUCAUCACCAAUUUCCUUUACAGACAUAUUUCUCGGCUUUUGGAACUUUUUUUGAAAAUCGUUAAUGGGGUUUUUUUCCCUCCAAUAACUGCCACGAUGUUUGUGAAGUUUGAGAGAAAUCUUUGAGAGCAUUAUAGAGAUAUUUUGGGAUGAAGUUUUUAUGGUUGGAAAUUCAGUGUAAAAGUGGACAAUGUUAAUGUUCGACCGUUAUCUUUAGAAAACUGAGUGUUUUUGAAAUACACUUUUGAAAACGUGUUUGAAGAGAUCGUGGGGAUAGCUCAAGCUAAUUGCGAAAAAGAGGGAUUUGAUCAGUGUACAUUGCGGUGCACUUGUUGGUGUUUUGUAAAUAUUUUGGUAACCUAACCCUAACAAAAGAGAAAAUAAUGUUGAAACCGCAAGAUGAAUGUUUUUAAAGCAGGGUGCAAAGAAAAUCAUUUUUACAGCUUGCCAUUCAGGCAAGCUGAAGCUAACAUUUACUAGUCCAGACGUCAUUUCAACUAGCCCCAAAAGCUUUUUGAGGAGUAGAAUUGAUGUCACAGUUCUUCUAUUAUUCGAAUUCCUCAAAAAAGAUCUCUUGCCCGUCAAGCAUGUUAAAAACAGAAUUCACAAUUCCGAUAGCAAAAUCCACUAGCCCCGGGCUAUCGGACACUGCUUUCUUUGUACGCUGUUAAAGAGUUGAGAUUCUUGAGAUUAAUUGUCGUUUUCUGUGACUCUGAGUUUCACAGACCUCACUUUGCACAACAUUAAUCAGCAUUCCUAUCAUUUUGAUCCCAUUGUCCAAUGAAAAUGUCACAUUGAUUUAUUUGUUCACAAUUUGUGAACAGAAUACAAAGGAUUAUGCACUGUCAGGGAGCUUCCAACUUAAAUUGCAUCACCGUUGGCUUAUGUUAGAUGUUUGCCGCUUUUCAUGACCAGCCUCCUCCACUAACUAUCCGCAUCAAACUAAGGCUUGAGAUGGAAAUUAAAAAGUGCAAAUUUUGCAUACAAAAAUUUUGGCAUGCAGAAGAUUGAAAUGUUAAGAUUUGGAAUGCAGAAUAUAAAAAUUUUAAUGUCUAGAAAGCUUUCCCUGUUGCCUUUUUUAAUCAGAAGUCUUUUCUUCUCUCAGGGCAUUCUGGAUUAUUUAGACAACCUUACUGUAACACAAAUUAGGAAGCUUUUCAGCAUGCUUAGCACACUGGCUUUUACCAAUCAACAAGAUGGAGGUCUUAUCCAGGUAAUUUGUAAUAAAAAUGGUGCAAGAGCUUUAAUGUAUUGUAGACAAGACAAGACAAGACAAUGCUUUAUUUGGAGUCUUAUACAGUCCUAUGUACAUCGACUGGGGGUCGAUGGGGGUGGGUGGGGGCGGUGGGGGGAGUACUCACCGAAGUUUUAUACAGGGAGGCUCUUCCCCGAGGUCCAACCCCUUACCCUUUUAUAUACGAUCUUUGACAGAAAGGUAGCCCUUCCAUAUACCUUCUACUGACAGAUAGUACGCCUUUCACAGACCUGGUUUAGAACAGUACUACAUCCCUUUUAAUUGCUUUAAAUGCUCGGUCUUUUAAUAGGAACAAAUCACUAAACUAGAAAGUUUUCUUGUCUCUUUUACAUCUAUAAAAUGCAUCUGUUAGCCCUUUCCCUGGGAUUGUAUCCUUUCUAGUCCAUCCUUCAGACUGGGAGAAAGCUGCAGUGUUUUCCCUCCCACCACCUGUUAGUGUGUUUCUUGCUUUGAUAAUUUUUUAUAAAUCUGCUGAAUACAAAGAUAGAGUUACCAAUAUGUUACUUGAUGUAAGAAAAUCAGAUAGGAAGUUCUACAUUUCUUCUGGAUGUUUACUGUAGUGUGUAACAGUGAUGAAGAGAGCUGUAUUACUAUUUUGGUGAAUAAACAAGCUACUCAAGUUAUUUCUACCUUUCAACAAUCUUCCAUAUGAGCGUGCCAGUACUACUCAGGGGUUUCAAUAAAAAUUGAAGUAGCCGACGCGUUUCGUCGGUCGUCGGUGCUUAUUGAAACCCCUGACUACUAUUCUUGCAAAGUCGUUGUCAUUUUCUUUUUAGGAUGAUAUGCAUAUCGUGAUCAGGAAACAGCUUUCAAGCAACUCUGCCAAGUAAGCGACCAUACAGUAAAUAAUGCUCUAAACUGUCCUUGUCCAGAUGCAAAGAUUGUGUACUGUGAGACUGGUAUAUUCUCUUCACCUUCUGCUUCGUGCAAGGUGACACUUAAGGCCCCAACACCUGCUCUCAAAUUUCGUCAGACACUGCUUUGGUUACUCCUUCAUUAUUUAUAAAAUAACUAAGAUAGUAUGCGCGCUCUGAUUGUAUAAGAGAUAUAUUUUGUGUGUCUCAUAUUAGGUACAAGAGAAUUGGUAUAAUUGGAGCAAUUAUGGUAGUACGCAGCAUGGCCAAGAAAAGGUUUGCUACACACGAAUUUGCUUCACUUUUCUUUUGCAUCUCACUAGAGUUCAUCAAGACUGACCAGUUUCACAAGUUUCGGAGAUAAUUACGCUUCAAAGUUUUAAAACUACAACACAGUGGUCAUCUUCCCCAAAAUAGGCUUUUCCCGUUGAGGUUGUAUUAGAAUGGACCAUACCAAAAAAACCGAGGUGAAAACUUUUAAGCUCGAAAAUCACCAUUGCUAGCGCACCAAACUCUCCACCUUCCCCACUCACAACCCAACCUUUCGUCUAAAGGGAGAGUUAAAAGUUAACGUUGGGUUUAUUGGGGAGGGGUAGGGUGGCAGUGUCCCAGUCUCUUAUAGAGCGUUUUUACAUGACGUCUCGUCCGCCAUAUUGAAUAUCAAAACAAUCGAAUGACGGCGAUUUUCGUGUCCCAAACUGAUCCUGUGGGAGUCGAACCUGACUUUCUUCUGUUCCAAUAAAUUUAUAGCGUGUUAAAACAGCCGACAUUUCCGGCUACGCCACCACUGGUUUCCCUGCGAAAUGACGCCGGAGUCUGAGAAACAAGCGCAAAAAUUCCAUACUGAUGACGUGUCGCUUGCCAGACCUAGUUAGUGCUUCUGAUUGGUUGUGCCGCGUGGGAAAUUUGCUUCCACCAAUCAGAAGCACUAUCCAGAUCUGGAUAGUAUGGAAUUUCUGCGCUCGGUCGUCAGAAGUUAUUUCGCUGAAACCAGUGGUGGUAUCGCGGAAUGUCGGCUGUUUUAUCAGGCAUAGCUACUGGCCACAUGAAAGAAAACGCCCUAUAUGGAUCCGUGAUUGUAAUUUGAACGUUUGAGUGUUUUUUUCAUUUUGUCAUUUUGCCUUGCUGUUAAGAACUGACGACGAAGGUUCUGAAGAAACAAUGGAUACAGAAUCACAACAGAAAUCCACUCUUUCAAAUGAAGUAUACAAACAGGCAAGUCUUGAUGUUUCAAGUUUGGUUGUUGUUUCCCAUUCUACUUGCAGAAAGCCUAGAGAGGAUGCAAUUACAAAUUAUGUUAUCUGAUUAAAAAGUAAAACUUGCAUAUUUAUGGCCUGUGUCGCGUCGCUUGCCUUUCGGGCAAGCUGUAGCUAGCAUGUUCUAGCCCAGAAGUCAUUUCAACUGGCCCGAAAAGGAAAAGGAUUGAUUACAGUAACUCUGUUCUUUUGUAAUUUGAAUUCCCUAAAAAACUUUCUUUGCCCGUCGGGAAAGUUAACAGAAUUCACUAGCCCGAUAGCAAAAUCCACUUGCCCCGGGCUAUCGGACAGUACGUUCUUUGCUCUGAGUUAAAAUUAACUAUUUCUUUAAAUUUCUUUUUUUUUUGCCUUUGUCAGAUUGUCAGCAUGUUGGAUAUGAUAAGAAACAGCAUCAAGGACACACCUGAAGCAGCUGCUCUCUUUUAUGAUGAGCUGGCACGAAUUGUUCAGCUUGGAGGAAUUGAUCCUAAAAUUGAGGUACGCUCAAAUUUUCUAUGACACAGUGUCUCAUCAAACAAUUGAAGUUGUAGCCUUAGAAACUGGCGACAAUUCGCGACGCUAUUACUGGUUUCCCCGCGAAAUGACGUUUGAGAAACGAGCGCACAAAUUUCAUACUGAUGACGCGUCACUACCCAGACCCCGGUAGUGUCGCGUCAUUUAUAAAAUUUCUGCGCUCGUUGUUCAGACGUCAUUUCGUAGGGAAAUCUCCUUGGUGGCGUCGCAAAUGUAAGCUGUUUUCCCAGGCUAUUGCAAUUUCUAUUUGUCUUACAAACUGAAUAAGGUUCAAAAGAAUAGGCGCACUAGUCGACCUACUCGAGCCGUACAUCACGCGUGUGUUUUAUCGAGAUUUGUUCAGGAGUUCAACUUUAACCCUUAGUUAAACGUAUCCUCAUUUGUAGAGGAUUUGAAUAGUGACGAGCAGGGGGAGUUGUUCAAAGCUGGGUUACGAUAACCCAGGGUUAGCGCGAGAUUUGAAUUCAGAUUUGAAAGCUUAAAAAGCAUUUCACUUUUAAUUCUUUUUGUGUACAAGUUGAUGAUUGGAAGCUCUAAAAAUAACAGAGAAAAUUAUCCGAUAAAAUGCUUUAGAAUACCAGAAAAAGAAACCCGGGUUAAAUUUAACCCCGGGUUAAGUGCUAAUCGGCCUUCGAACAACUGGCCCCAGUAGUAUAAGUGUAAAAUAUAGCCGCGCUGCUGUAUUCGUUCUUAACGUGAUUGUUGUAUUUUUCAGUCGUGGAUCAGUGAGACAGUUGUAGCUGAUUUUCAGGAUGACUUUUUGGUUGAUAGAGAGGCGCCAUUAACAAGGUACUCACGGAGUUGUUAACAACUCCAAAGUGCUCCGGGGGUAAACAAAUUACAAUAAUUAUACUAUUACAUGAGAAAUUUCUUCAAUUUGAUUGGCUUAGAGCAUUGGUAUUUCAGCUUAAUUUGAAAUACCUACAUCUGAAAAUUACAAACCUUUUGUGGGUAGUAGUAUAAACAAAUAAUAGCAUGAUUUGUAGUGAUAUUUGGCAUAAAUACCACUCGUGAUAUUUCAAAAUUUUCUCAAAUUUCACUCGCCUAACAGCUCGUGAAAUUACGUAUAACAAUUUUGAAAUAUCACUUGUGGUAUUUAUGCCAAAUAUCACUACUAAUCAUGCUAUUACCUAUACUUACAAUUAAUUAAACAUUAACCUACUUGUAGUCUACACGUUCAGAGUUUUUCGUGCAAGCAAAGUCAAGUGUCUUUUGAUUGUUUGUUUUCCAGUGAUACUGUUCCGGUGGAGUUGUCAUAUGCUUUGGAUGAAGCUGAGGAAGGAAGUAUUGCUGUUAAUAUCCUUCCAUUGCUGCUAGCUUCAAGAAACAAUGAAGUUAACAAAGAAAAAUGUGAUAAGUGAGUUACAGUAUAGCAUGUAAAAUUGGAGGUUAUUAUUCCGAAAGGACGUGUAUUAAGCACUGUUUGAUAGAGCGAUUUUCGUAUGACCUUGAAAAAUGGUUUCGGUAAGUGUUCGUUAUUUGUUUUAUCAGGCAAUUGGAUUGAAAGAUCAAAACUUGGACUCUUCGUUUUCCUGCGAAAGAAAACCCUAAUAUGGAGUAGUCAUUGUUCGAUUGGCCAAUCGUGUUGUAGUAUGACGUCCAAGCGAAGUAUCAAGUGAUUUCUAGAAAGUUCUUGGGAAACCAAGAGCCACGCUUGUUUAUAUCCGCUCGAUAAACCAAUCAAAUGGUUCUAUUUCCGCUCGUUUGUUGUUUCUGUUUUGUUAGCUCGUUUUCUUUUCAAGGUCAUACGAAAAUCGCUCUAAACGAACAAUGUUUCUUGUUAUACAGGGCUUGAACAAAGUCCCGUCCGGUAGUCAGAGACAAGUAGAUUUUCUAGCUGGGCAAGCUAAAACUUUUCAAGCUUACUUGCCCAAUGGGCAAGGAUCCAAAAAAGUCACCUUUUUAUAAAAUCAUGUAGCAGGAAAUCAUUUGGCAAGCAAAGUGUGCAGAGAACUGCUUACCCAAAGGACGAGCUGAUGUCUGUGUUUGACGUCUUAUGUCUGAUGUCCCAAGCCUGAUGUCUGAUGUCUGAUGUCCUGUGUCUGAUGUCUUAUAUCUGAUGUCUUAUGUCCGAAGUCCUAUGUCUGAUGUCAGAUAUCAGAUGUCUUAUGUCCUAUACUAAGUCCUAUGUUUGAUGUCCUAUUUCUGAUAUCUGACAUCAGAAUCUGAUAUCAGACGUCUGAAAUCAGACAUCUGAAAACAGAAAUCUGACAUCAGACGUCUUAUAUCUAUCAAGUCUUUUUCGUCGAGCCCUGUGUGGACGAAGUCCAACUAGAAAACAUGUAGGCUGGUCAGGCAAACGGAUUAAACUGUACUGAAACUGUUCAUUUCUCGUUGUGAUCGUCUUUGUAGACAGUUAUACGAGAUAUGAGUUAUUGUAUGUUGUUGUUUUUCAGUGUGCCAGUGCCUUUAAUAUGCCUUGCACCUCACUUUCGCUUGUUACGAGUAUGCGAAGAAAGUCAGCACAAGGGAGACCUUGAGGGAAUUGAUGCUCUCUUGGGUAAAUAUCUUUUUGGUCGUUAUAAUCUUCGCAGUUUCGAUUAAAUGUUAAAAAUACCAUACAGGCCACGGGUAUUGCAGCAUUUACACGCGUGUAAAUUACGUGCAGUAUGGCGGAUUUACACGCAAAAUACACGUAAAAUACAUGCGUGUAAAAUUUUACACGAGCAAUUACACGCAAGAUGCGAGUAUUUAUCGUUAGAGAAAUUUCCUCAGAUUUCCUCUCUUACUUUUACGCUUAAGCUGCAAGGUGUCUUUAAAAGGUUGGGGCUGAAUAAUGUGUCCUGAUUUUACCGUAACUAGUUGUCGUGAAAAGUUACAGAAAAAUUUCGUUAAUAAAGCAAGUGAAAUUGAAGUCUUUUGGGAAAAAAAAGAGCACUUAUGAGCCUUCAAGGUUUUAUUCACUUGUGGGUUCAUUGGUUUUCUUUGCAAGACGUUUGCUGAUUUAGAAGUUGCGUGCGUACUAUUGAUGAGAAAUCGCGUUUACUUAUUAGAGAUAACACAGAGGCAAAGGAUAUAGAGUCAGCGCGGGGACCUUAGCCUCAGCUUUCUAAAUAUAUGGCGUUGUUUUAGGGUGCCCAUUGGUUAGCUUUAAAGAAGAAAUGAUCGAAGAGAUUGACACGUUAGAUCAAGCAGAUCGAGAAGUUGUCUGCGGAACGCUGUUUCACACUGUGAAUUGGUUCAGGGAGGUACGUUUUUAUUGACUGUUGUUUGCGUUGUACUUUUUAUUCGGCGCUACAUUCCCAAUGUCAAAGUGGAUUUGACGCAGUUCUUUGGUUGCCGGACAAACUGUGCAACAUUGGAGAGAUUCAGAGUCACCCGUAAACGUCAGAUACAAGUUGAAAAUUUUUUUCAAUAGCAAAUAAGCGGAUAAAAACACUCCAGAAGAGUUCUCAUGGAUUAAACUGGCGUGAACCCAUUAUUUUGUUCUGUUGAAGUAACUUUUUUAUGCAAAAUUUUCGGGGGUAAACAAAGUGCAUUAUGGUCUAUGUGAAAGUAGUGAAUAGGGGACACAUAAUGAUUUUAGCUAUUGCGUGCGCUUCUGCAUUUCGUGUCAGUUCCUGUAGCUGCUUUUCAAGGCGUAAACACUCUCAAUGAAAACCUGAAAAUACUGAUACUAAUCCACUAUAAAUCAUGACAAACAUCUUGAAUCGCUCACCCGUCUCCUGCAACUGAACUUCUUUUAGUAUCAUAUUUAAUAUGCUUGUAAAGCAUGUGACUGAACUUAAUUUACCCUUUUUCGUGUGCAAUUAAUUGUGCUCUAUUGUCUUACUUAAUUAAUCUUCGUUUUUCCUCUUACCAUUUUUUUUAUUUACAUUUUAUUUUACGAAUCUAUUUAAUUAUUUUAACACGAACCGCCUAGAAUAGCCUUUGCUACUUGCGGGUUGUGUAUGAAUUUUUGGAACAAAGAGUUUGAAAUAAAGUUGUUGUUGUUGUUGUUUAAAUCUACCUAUACUGAUCCAGAUCCCUAUAUCGAAAGUUUGAUGAGCUUCUUUAAUCGUGGAGGCAGCGUGGCUGAGCGGUUAAAGCGCUGGACUUGCAAUUUGGAGGCUCAGAGUUCAAGUCCUGCUCUGACCACUUGCUGGACGUGUUCACGGUAGUCCCGAGUUCAAAUCCUCGGCCACGCUUGUAAAUAGCCAACUGGUUUGCUUCCGGCCAGUUGGGAUUCUUAACCCUGUUAAGUUUGAUUUGAAUUAUUUGUUUCAGUCAUUUGCUCAGCCCCACUAGCAUAAGUGCUAUAAAUACUGCCGAGGGUAAAUAAUGGAAAUAUUUACUUAUUUAUUUUUUGUUUGGCAGGUUUUGAAUGCGUUUGCACCUCAAGAGGAUCCUGAAAUGAGGGGGAAAAGUAUCACGAGACUACAGACCAUCACAAACCUGUACAAAGUUCUAGAGAAAUGUCUAGCAGGUUAGCUGAUAUUUACUCAGUUUCAAGCGGUGAUUCUUCUAAGUUGUUGCCGCGCAUUACCCUGCUAGCAGAGUGGCUUCGAUCUUAACUAGGAGACUCUGUUCGCAGGGUAGAAAGUGUCUUAUCUAUUUAUCUUUUCUCAGUGACCCCAUCAUUCAAGCCUCCUUUAGCUACAUUUGACUUUGAUGAAUCCCUCGGUGCAACAGUUGGACCUGUUGGAAAUACAGCAAAGGCCAAGAAAGGAAAGAAAACGAAGAAAGGGUACGUUUUCUAAGGUAGAACGGUGAGUUAAAAGUACUCUUACGGACAAUUCAUUCUUUUUCGCCUGUGCUGAUUAAUCUCGACGUUACGAUGGUGUCCGAUACUGCCGAGGCGGGUGCAAAGGAUUCCAUUAAGCGGAGCGACAGCUUCGCACCAAGCUUCUGCUAGUGAAGUCUCGGCAAUGUAUAUGGGUUUGCGCAAAAGGUACCUGAACACGGCUUUAUGGCUGUAAAAGGGCCUGAUGGCUAUGCCAUGCUGAUUAGCCCUAACAAGUGCAGCUGUAUAAUGCUCUCACUGCCUGGAGUAUAUUGUUGUGUUCGUGCGUCAGGUACUGGCACGCAUUUCUGGGUUGUGCGGUUCGUUUUACUUUAUCCGUCGUUGUCGACGGUGAUGAAGAACACGACGCGUAGAGGGAUUUAGUGCAGUGUGACCGGCUGUGGCUGAUCCGUCCAACAAGGGCACGGAAGGCGCUGCCGCAUUCAGGACACUGGUGAAUUUCUUGGUGAGGUCGCAAGAAGAUUACCUAAGACUUGCACAGCUCGCGUUUCCUCUCAGUGAGCUUGAGCUAUUCUAUUCUGCUCAAAGAGGACAGUGCCUUUGUUGAUUUUGUUCCGCUAAAGGUUUGUGAGAGAAAGGAAAUAUUCACAAGAUAUAUAAUGCGUUUAUUGUCAUCAAAUUUACCAUAAUAAGGUCUUAUUUUGGGAAUGGAAACCUUGGGCAUCGGUCGGGGCGUACGAUACUUCCAGACCUUAUAAAGAAGGAAAAAUUAUGACUUGUUUCUUUUCCCAACUUGUGCUCAAAACAACUUCACUUUAUCUUUCUCUCCAUUUUCAGGGGUGACAAUGAAAAGCCUGAUGAUUCAUUAGAGAAGGUAAUAGUGAAUUGUCUUCGAUUUUAUGAUGCUAUUUGUCGCAAAGAUCGUACACGAUGAUCUGAAAAGUUGCUUUAUUUUUUAUUUAACUUGCUCUCUUCGCAGAUAAAAGAUAUAGAAAAAGAACAUGUAAAUGAUAACGAAAGUGAUACUCAGAAAGACAAGACGAAAGAAGUAAAAGAAAAAGACAAAGACAAAGCAGCUACUGUGUCCAUGUCACAGUAUCGGGCAUGUCUCAGGUGAAAUAUCGAAAGACAAAUAGUACCAAUCCAUGACACAGAAAUGAGGUGUUUUUAAAUAUAGGAUUUCUUCCACGGACUCAAAAGUUUAGAACCACAUACUAAAUAAUUAUGUAGUACUAUGUGAAAGUACUGCCAAAAAGGUGUUAUUGGAAUGGUAAUACCCUAAGAUUUCAUCCACAGCCUCAAAAGUUAGAACUACAUACUAAAUAAAUAGUACCAUAUGAAAGUACUACUGACGAGGCGUUAUUUGAAUGGUGAUACCAUAGGAUUUCGUCCACUGUCUCCAAAGUUAGAACUGUUCUAGGUAAACACGUCAUUGAUUUUGCAAUGUUUUCGCUCAGUGAUGCCGGGUAAUAAUUUCACCGACAUUCUAGUGAUUGAAAGGAAUUUUUAAGCAAAGUGAUUCUCAAGGAAAAAUUAAGAGACAAUAAGCAGGAGUCGUUAUGUGACAUGAUCAAUGCACGUGGCACUGCACGAGAUUCGUCGCCUGUCGCUUUUAAACUAUAUUUACUGAUGAGUUCGUGAACUUUUUUUUUCAGAGAGUUGGAUUUAAAGGCAUUUGGUAUCUUAAAAUGUGAGUUGGUGUCUCGCGCUGUUCUGGAUUCUGAAAUGAAUACAGAGGUUUGUACUGAAUUUUUUUCAUCCAGCCCUUAUCAGCAGUUGCACAAACAAUCUGAUCUGUUCGACUCUAUUCUUAAUUCGACUUUUCCUUUUUUCUUACUUUGCACAGGAAACGACAAUUCUUCAACUUCAAGCCCCUCAGCUUGAAUUCCUCUUAGAUGAUCUCUCCAGGAAGCUGCAAUACUCGCUGUCUGCUUCUGCGUCAUCGAGAAGGAGCUUCCUCAAAGUUAGUAUUUCCAUACUUAGUACAAGAGACUUGAUGAAAGACGGCAAACACUAACUUAAAAUGCAUUUACAUGCAAUUUAAAGGAGUUAACAACUAAGAGCGCCUUAGUGCCUGGGGUCAGCGGUCUUUGGCAUGCGCAUGCCCAGUAGCUGGUUACAUUGAUCAUGUGAUUCAUUGGCGCGUUCAGUUUUCCUUCGUUCUGGGUUCUGUCAGUCAUAUUCUCCCCCCUCCUCCCCCUAGGCUUUGUUAUUUUUUUCUCCACUGAUGUUUUCAGUGUGACGGGUGCCUGUUCCUUUCCUUUCGUGUGGCGGCUCAUGGCUGGUUUGCGCUGUUGUGCCAGUCGUGGGGGCAUUAUUUCAGUCUAGGGGCUGGUUACCAAUAGUGGAAGCCACUGGAUACUCCAGGCACCCAAACUCCAUUUUAGCGUUGCAGUUGCUAAAGGGCGGAUAGCGAGACUAGAUUUUCCUCGAAAUUUUCAAGUCUGGUCGCUUUGCAAAUUCUCUCAUUAUUUGACUGUAAGUCAUUUUUCGCCAAUCUUUCUCAUAUUUGAGGGGUUUAAGAGCUUUCUUUCAGCUGCACAAGUUUAGCAUAAAGGUUCUCUUUUGAAGUAACUCUUCAUGAGGUCACAAGCAGUGGAUAAAUCGUCGUCCUACACAAACAGGCUAGGGCGUUUAAAAUGGCAUCGAGAGUCAGGAACAAUUUUUGUCGUUUGCAAAGCGUAGAAAUGCAGUACCUAAACAGUCAAGAUUUAACCAGCACCCUGACUAGACCUGGGUAGAAAAUUGUAUCUCAUCCACAAGCAACACAUGCUCAAUAAUGAACGUACUCGACUUAUGUUGAGUGUUUCUCGAGUGCGCGAAAAUGGUGUAAGUAAAAGAAUGGCUCUGCGUUAAAGCGCACCGUUCUAUAAACAAUUUGCAAGACAAGGCUAAUAAAAUGACAAUUUCAUUCGAAAGCGCUCUAAUAAUGCAUGUUUUUAUUAUUUGGUGUUGACUUGCAGGUUCGUCAGGAUAAACUGGUGGGCUUCUCUAACUUAUCAAGAUACUCGUCAAAGGAAGUAGCUAAAUAUGUGGUGGAACUGCUACCAUCCCUCUGUGAACAUUUGGAGGCUACGAGUGCUUUCUUUCAGGUGCGAAUGUAACGAUCUGUAGUCAGCGCCUUGUAAUCAUGGAGACCAACGUAUAAAAUCGAAUCAACUUCGUUUUAGCAGGCUUAGUUUUCUACCUUGGCUUGGAUAACCAGUCUCAAGCUAUCGGGUUUGUGAUACUGGGAUAUGUAGUAGGAAUGUGGACAGGUCAAAAAGUACAAUCCUGUUUAUUGGUGUACACGUUUAUGUUUUGAUUUGCAGGCUUUAAUGGCUGAAAACGAUGGCGUGGUAGAUGGUCCUGGUCAUAAUACAUUGGAAGCAAAGACCAUGGCUUCAUGUUUUCACCUGCUCUUCAACUGUCUCCAGACCCUUUUUGCUUGGUUUGUGUCAUAUAGUUUCCCGUACAACGCCAUGUCUUUUCGGAGUUCCAAAGUUGUGUUUAGCAAGCCCUUUAACUAGUUAAUGAAAUAAAUGGUUCCGUGAAGGGUUGAAGACGUUUCGUUUGAGUGUUCUAACUACAAGAAUUCGUUCACAGACUUUAAAAGUUAGAACUACAUACUAAAUAAAUAUUACCGUGUGAAAGUGCUACCAAAGACGUUUGAUUUGAAUUUUCACACUACAGGAUUUCGUCCACAACCCCAAAAGUUAGAACUGCAUGCAUACUUAAUAAAGAGUACCUUGUGAAAGUACUUCUGAAGAGGUUUCAUUUGAAUGGUAACACCGUAGGAUUUCAUCCACAGACUCAAUUGUUCUAGAACUACGUACUAAACAAAUAGUAUGAUGUGAAAGUACUGCUGAAGAGGUUUCAUUUGAAUGGUAACAUCCACAGACUCAAAAGUUAGAACUACAUACUAAAUAAAUGGUACCAUGUGAAAGUACUGCUGAAGAGGCGUUAUUUGAAAGGUAAUACCAACACCUCACCAUAACUGCCCUUAGCAAUCGCAGGUCAGAUUCUAUAAAAUUGUUGAACGUGCUGCAAACUGUAGUGAAAACAAUUUCUCUCGUGAAAUCAUCUUAAAUACAUUUUCCUUUUAAGGAAUGGUUUUGUUAUUACUGAACAUCAGGCACUUCUGAAGAAAGCAUUAUUUGUGUUGUCUUCCCGAAUAAAACUGUCUAGCAAGUCCCAGCCAGGAUUCCAAGAAUUACUCAAGUAAGUAUGAUAGGAAUUCCUCGCAUAUUUGUCCAUAUACUAAAUAGUUCUUACGACAAAAAGACGUCUGAUAAACGUGAGAAACUUUUUGUUUUAAUAAGACACUAUGGCCUAGCGUACAUAUUUUAAGAUAAAGAGCUGAUUGAGUACGUAUCUCCUUUUCACUUGGGACGGGUUUGCGGGAAGAAACUUGCGGGUAACAUUGCUCUUUUACAAACUACGUCAUCGAUUUUUGCAAUGAUGUCAGCUCAGCGACUUUUGGCGGGGACCAUUUUUAUUGAUGUCAUGUGACCCUGUUGGGGAUUGAUUUCCAGCUAUGUAACAACAACAGAUGUGUAACUGUGUAUCACAGUCACUGUCACUGGCUGAAGAGUAGAGUAAGCCUGACGAUUGCACUGUGAAUAUGAAACACGUGCGCUUGAGCUGAGCGGUCACGUCUAAAACAGCUCCGCGAACUUUUGAAUUUUGUUAUGAUUUUGUAGCCUGUGAAGCAAUGACUGGGGAGAAAACAAAGCAAUUAAAACAAGAACACCAGUCUUUAAUAAACAAAAUUAGUGAAGUAAAUAGUAAACUAAAAACUGACGGAGAAACUUGAAAUUUUCCUUUUUUAUUUAAUAUGGAAACACAUUACUUAUGCAUUUCUCUCCUUUGUAAAACGGUUACUUUGUUAAUCUCUUUUUCAAACUCUUUUCAAGUUGACUCGAUAAUCUUAGCUAACUGCAAGUCAGUAAACAGAUUGUAAUAUAUCAAAAAUCAACUUUGAAGUAUGUUGCUCGCGCGUAUAGUUUUCAUAACAGGGAUUGCAAAUGUGUUCUUUGCUUGUUCUUGCAGGCAGAGCUUUCACUACCUUGAGCAGUUCUCUGGCAGUAUACCCAACAUAACAACUGCAGUCAGUCUCACCAAGCUGCUGGCAGUGUUAAGUGAGAGACAACAAGGCGGCAACAACAGCAUGAGAACUGCACUGGGUAAGAUAAUUUACAGUUGUUGACAAUAGAAGUUCUUUUGUCAUGGACCACAGUCGGUGAAAAACCAACGACUUUGCAAGCACCGUAAAGUUUACCAAAGCUGAGGAGGGUCUUCCAGCUUCUGACUUCCGACUAGUUGAAAGCCGGAAGUGGGAAGUCGGAAGAUCCUCCUCGGCUUUCGUAAAAAGAAGUAAGCAAGCCGAGUCGAGAAUGUAAGUUAGAAACGAGGGGGAAAAAGCUCCGCAAAGAAUAAACAACUGAGUGUGCUGGCCCUUCCAGCAUGGAAACGUCUGUUAAGUUUCAGUCGCGACUUUAAGAAGGCGCAUUUUUCGCUAGUUAUUCUCCUCAGCUGUGGUUACAAAAUUCCUAGGGAAGAAAGAUUUGUCCUAACUUGAAAUUAGCCAGUCUUCGAGCUGCGGGGACCUGACACAGAGUGAUACGUUUAUUAUUUUUUUAAAGCUGAGCUAACAGGAACGUUUCUUAAACGGGAGUGGCUGAGGUCAGACGGUGAAAGAGAAAGUGGAGCCAAACACAACGAAUCGCUACAGUUCUUACUAAGGUAUCUAAAGCUGACUGUGCGUAAGGGUUACUGACUGACUGAGGUUUAACCCUUUCACUGCCAGACUGAUGGGUUUAACUCUAAGGAUAUGGGCACAAUUGAUGUGACCAUUCAGUAAAAAACUUUUUUACACAAGGUGCUAUUUGUAUUACAAAAUUUCACGAAUGAAAGUUCAGAAAUUUCCGUCAGAUUUGGCCGUGCUUUUGAUUGGUGAAAUUCCCAUCCGGCACGUCCAAGUGAUAUCCAGAUCGUACGUCAAAAUGACGUCAUUUCGCGGGGAAACCAGUUAUGGCGUCGCGAAAUGACAGCUGUUUUCUCUGGCUAACUUUUUUCUUGCUUGCUUGGCUCAGUGUAUAGCAUCUUAGACGAACAGCUCACGCACGCUUUUCGUGCAAAAAGGACCAUCCUUAAUUUUAGUCUUAAGUUAGAUGGAUAAUCACCAUGCCAAACAGUUUGAGAGGGUCGACUAAUUAGUAAAGGCUGUAUGUGCCCAUUCUGCUGCAUACUUAGUACUUAAGUGUGGUGCACUUUUGUAAAGGAAACAAGAACGUCCAUUUUCACAGUAUCGACUGUCAGUCAGGGUUCUAUCUAGAGUAUUUGAUGGGUAGAAGCUUCCCCCCCCAAAAAUGCCCAGCUUCCCAACUAACUGUAUUGGAAAAAUCAUCCAGAAGUGACGAAGUCAGUGCACACACUGUAACAUUUCUCAAAUUUGUAUCUCAAAAAUGCACCAGAUUGCAUCUCAGCAACCCCCGCCCCCCCAGGAAGCUCGUGGCCUUCGCCUACUCGGGAUUUCUCCUCCAAACGAUAAAUGCUAGAUAGGACCCUGUCAGUUACGGCAAAGUCGAAGGUUUCCAAUUUGUUGAGUUAAUCUCAUUUUUUUUGUCUUUGUUCAUAGGUUUCAUUUGACCUUUGCUGAAGACACUUUAGCUACGAUAGAAGAAAUCGCAGGUGGAGCAGUCACAGAACUCAUCGAAGAUGAAGACAAAAAUGCUAGCUCCACAACCUACCCAACUCUUACAAGGUAUAUAUGCACGUAGUAAGAGCCUUGGAAUCAAAACGUGUUUAGCAGUAUGUGGUGAAAUUGUUAAUGUCUAUUUGGCUUUCGAAGGGAUGGUUUGCCAUCAAACUAAAGCAUCAAUAAAGGCAGAGACAUGAAUUCGUCACUAUAGAUACAACAAGGAGACUGGAGCCGAAAUGCGUUCCGCAAUGGUUUCUGGGAUCGCUACUGAGAACGUGCCUGUCAGCUAUUGGCCAUUUUUCCUUGUCCCAGAAGUCUUUGCGAAGGUUAACUCGUCCCAGUUUCCUCUUUUUUACAGUGGCAAAUACCUUACCAUUACUCUCGGUAAGGUAAAUUUGUUUUACACCAACUGUCAGCGUUUCUCAUGAUGGUGAUCCUACGCACUCCUUGCGUGCUUCUUUCCCAACAACCGUCUUCUGAGCUACGCCAUCAUGAGUUCGUUAUUGCAUAUUCCGUUAUUAAUUCUCUGCAGUUUUCUGAUUGAGAUUGUGCUCGCGGUACCACGAGAUAGCAUAUUGCUCACAACGUUUGUGUACAAUCAAUCUCCUCUAAAAAGGUCUCUUUCCUUUGCAAUCAGAGAUUUUAACAGCGUUGCUUUAUUUUGAUGAAUUUUAUUGGAGAUGGAGGCAUUCUUCUCAAGAUGAACAUCGACGCCGGCCGAGGCUUCGGUUGAUUUUUAUUUCACACGUAUGACAUGAUAAGCAUUUCAUCUUUCUCAUUUCAUCAUCCUCCCUUAUAAACUAUGUUUGUCCUUACACUGCCUAGAUCAUCCCUGGCGUGUUAUUAUCGAGCAAUGAUGGAAGAGUUGAUCGCAAACGUCAAGCAAACACAUUCUGAGCCACUCAAAAGGACCGACUCUCCAGAGGUAAUGCUUGAAUACUGUAUUACUUCAUAAGAGUAGUGUAACUCAGUCCUUCGAGCUAUCAGUGUACCAGCAUGUAUGUACCUCCUCUCCUGGUGGCCAUAGACUGCAUCCUGCUUUAUCUCCAGCCGUCUAAACUACGUCCAGCCGCUAGGCCUCUCUCAGGACAUGAUACGGAGGCUGGCGACACUGCGCAACUCUUCCUCAAAUUAAUCCAAUUCACGCGCAAGUAAAGACGUUGAGACAUUAAGUCAACAUUCAGAAUCCUCUUUGGAAGUAGGACUUCAAAAUUCUUGAGGUCAAUUUGUUAGUUCCUCUUUUUAUGGUGAUUUUUACAUAACUUCUAAUAUGUAUGUAUAUUUUUUAUGAGGAAUAAGCUGAACCACUAAAUAUGCUUAGCUAUAUUGUAUUUUAUUUUCUUCAGAACAUAAGGGCCUAUUUAAGAACCUAAAUAGCCUAAACUUGUGCAUACUAACGUUUAUAUAAGAACCUGUUUAGGCUAACUUGGAAAAAUGCAGGUUCUUAGUCGCGAGGUUUUAAUGUGUCAAUAAUUAUAAGCCUUUUAUUUCUUUUAGAGCCACAAAGAAAGGCUUGUCAAAUUAAACAUUUCUGUCAGAAUCUUUCACAUUAUGAUCAAUUUGGUGAAGGUAGGCUAACAAAAGCUAUUGUUUAAAAUUAUAUAAAGGCAAUCUAUCACUUGUAAGCAUUUGAGUUGGCAUAGUGCAUUUUAAGGAAGGGCUAUUGUUGACAAAUGUUGGCUUUCCUAUCGAUCAUUUUGGGGUGGCGCGAAGAUACAUUUGACUGUUAGACUGUCCACAGCCCGCCAUUUUCAUGAUUUUAUUCCAUCAACGAGCGAGCUGGACGCGUUUAUCAUUUCAGAGCGCGAGGGGUUGGGUAGCUGGCUUUCGCCCCCUCCCCCUCAAGCUAUACACGUCCUCUCUUAACCUACUCUUUACUGUCGAAAAUUGCUCCUGGUAAGAGUGAAUAGAUAAGACUUUGAAAGACAACCUUUCCAGCUUUCGACUCUUCUUUCGAUUGUAUUUUGAAAUCGAACGGAGAAACCGUCUUCGAGCCAAUGCGCAUCCCUUCCAAAACGACCAAAAAACGCACAGAUACAAGUUAAUACUGUCAGAAACCUAUAAAGCUCAUAAGUAGUUCCUUUGUUUAGUUAUCGUCUCUGUAGUGUUACUAGUAGGAGCUGUAACGUGAUUAGUAGGAGCUAGGAUGGCACAUUUGGUUAGUGUGUGGCCUUUGGUGCCCGAGAUCCCGAGUUCGAUCCCCAGCCGGUUACAUCAUAUCCUUGUCUGGACCCCUUCCCUUUCUGUGUAGCUUUAAAUAGCUUUAAAUACCCUAAAAAUGGAGCAUUGAUGGAGAGAGAGAAGGGUAAAUGAGCUUACCGUAUCUCAAGUCCAGUUAUCGACGUGAAAUAUGGUUGCUUUGCCUUUUUUUUAUCUAGACCAGAAGUCGAUCUGAAAUGUUUGAAAAGUUGCUGGCACAUUUUUUUUCCAUAGGCAUUUGAUCAGAGGUCUAUCAUUGGAGCCUCGUUAAAGGUAUACUAAUUUCUUUUACUAGGCGUUGUUAUGUCUUUAACUGUCUUUCAAGUGCGUACGGAAACAAGGAAACAACAUUCACGAAUGCUGAAACUUAAAAACUACUAUGCAGGAGUGCUGCGGAUCAUUUGCACGAUUGCACCACAGGAUUCCGUUCAGACAAGAGAUUAUAGAUUAUCCUCUCUUGGUUCACAUAAAAAUUACACCUGCUGGUUUUGAGAGCUGACAGGUUCAUUUUUACGGCGAUUUGUGGUGUCAGACAGUGCUUACAUUGCAGUACAUAUUUAUUAUUGUUAUUACUAUUAUUAUUAUUGUUGUUAUUUUAUUUAUUUAUUUAUUUAUUUAUUUAUUUAUGUAUUUAUUUAUUCAUUUAUUUUCAUUCCAUCGCGUAUGGACGUUUACAUGUAACUGCUUUUUUACACAGUAUGGACGUUUAUAUGUGGAGACAUUCUUAAGACUGGGAAUGCCAGUACUGGAUGUGAUGUUGAGGACUCAUAAGGUGAGUUUCGUAUCCAUAGGUGUACCUUUCUCAUCGUCAUCAUCAUCAUCAUCAUCAACAACAACAACAUCGUCAUCACCGUCAUCAUCAACAACAACAUCGUCAUCACCGUCAUCAUCAACAACAACAUCGUCAUCACCGUCAUCAUCAUCAUCGUCGUUGUCGUCUUUGUCGUCAUCAUCAUCCACCAUCAUCACCAUCAUCAUCAGUAUCAUCAUCAUUAUUCUUAUCAUCAUCAUCCUCAUAAUCAUCAUCGUCAUCCUUAUCAUCAACGUCAUCACCAUCAUCAUCAUCAUCAGCAUCGUCAUCGUCAUCAUCAUCAUCGUCUUUGUCGUCUUCGUCGUCAUCAUCAUUCAUCACCAAUUACCAUCAUCAUCAGUAUCAUCAUCAUUAUUCUUAUCAUCAUCAUCCUCAUAAUCAUCAUCGUCAACACCACCACCAUCAUCGUCAUCAUCAUCACCAUCAUCCUUAUCAUCAUCAACCUCAUCAUCAUCACUAUCGUCGUCAUCGUCAUCAUCCUCAUUAGCGUCAACAUCGUCAUUAAUGUAAUAAAACUUGAUGUCUCAUUGCCAUAAUUACUCUCACUAUCAACACCAUGAUCAUGAUCGUCAUAAUCUUUAUUACCAUUGCUGUUACAAUUAUGGUGCUUAAUAAAUUCUUUUCUCUUUCCAUAAAAGGAUGACGUUCAUGGGUUACUAAAAAACCUGCAGCAGAGUACAAGAUCCCUUCAACAUUUUUGUGGUCACAGUAAGGUUAGUAGUUCAUAAUCAAUUUCUUUUGGUUAAAAUCCACCUCACUUCUAUAUUUUUUUUCUUGAUUUCUAGGUGACCAAAGAUUUAUCUCUAACUAACCAUGUGCCUGCUGUCAAGAAAUGUCUGGAGACUUUUGUCUUUAGAGUGAAGGUAUGCAAAGUCACACGUGUAUAGUUACCCCUUAAAACCCUUACCCUAAACGUAACUUAAAGGGCAAAGUUUAUAGCAACUUUGGUGUUGACAUUCUAUGUUGCACACUAUGUGCCUUUUACUUUUACUGAAGCCCGCCCUUCGCAGGCUACUCACUCGAAGGCUAGAAAUGUUUUCCCAGAGUACUGUAGAGCGACAAGAUUUAAGUACAGAGCUAAGGCUUGGCGUUUCUUUCAGGCAAUGCUUACACUUAACAAGUGUCAUGAAGCGUUUUGGCUUGGAAAUCUGAAAAACAGGGAUUUACAUGGGCAGGAAAUAUCCUCACAGCAGGCAGCAGCAGAAGAACCUGCAGAAGAAGGGGAUGAAGAAGAAGAAGAAGAGCAGGAAGUGGAGGAGGAUGACGACGAUGAUGAGGAGGAGGUAUAAAGAAUUUUUCAGAAAGGUUAUGUUUACUCUUGGUGAUAGAACACUAGUGCCUGGGUUUCGGCACAAAACGGUGUUGUGCUCACACACUUAGCAGACAAUACGCACCUUGUAUACGCAUAAACUCGUUAUCUUUCCGUCUGACGCCAUUUUGAAAGGUCAGCAUAUCAGGGAGUUUGGCUAUGCGAAGCAGUGGAUUAUAAGGACAAUGAUUUUGAAGGGAAAAUUGAGGAUGCAGAAACGAGGACUUAGUUAUUUUAUUUUAUUAUAUAGACACGAGUGUUUUACUGGAAAAUAUACCACUCGUAAAAUUCAUAAAAACUACAUCCGGGACCCGACUGAUUUAUUUUCCAUAAUAAACCUAUUGAGUUUAUCGAUGACGUAAUUUCCGUCAUUUCCCCCUAUUAUUUUAUCGAUGUCUUUUUGUCUAAAAAUGAAAAGAACAUUAAACUCGCGGUUUUCCGUAUGACGCCAUUAUGAAACGUGGCAAAACAAUAUUUUACCCACUAGCUGCGCUCGUUCGUAAAAUAUUGUUUUGCCACUCGAAAAUAAAAUUCAUAUCUUCGCGCCACCGUGUAGUAUCCUCUAUAUAUUGUUUGAUAUUUGCAUAUUUAUUUGCUUAUUUAUUUAUUCGUUUGUUUACUUUAUUAAGUUUCCAAAUACGUGUUGGUGUAUGUUUUUGUUUUUUUGCUUGUUUUUGUUUUUAAAUUAUUAAAAAGGUUAAGAACCACUGUCCUCACUUUUGCCAAUAUUUCCGGGGCUUUACAUUUUCCAGUAUAUUUCAGUUUUCAUUUAUUUAUCAUAAACAGGUAUUUAUACUGAAUGUACAAAUUAAUUAUAAAAGCCAAGUCUACUACAAUCAGAUCCUUUGCAUGAAAAGUUGAUUCUAGGCUUGAGAUAGCGUUUAAAUCAUAAAGUCAGGGAAGUGUUGAGGCUUUUUACACUUCAGCCUUCAUUUCAGUCAAAUCCAUUGACUGCCAACCUGCAACGCUGUUAUUUUUCUUCCUAGGGAGACGAGAAUGGAAGCCAUGAUGGGGAAACUAAACGAGUCGAUGCCGAGUCAUACAGCGAGAGUUUUUAA